UUUGAAUCAACAACGUGAUCUGUAACUGCUGAACAGAAACAAUCUUAAAAGUAUAUCACGUAACAUGAACUACUUGUACAGGUGAACACAUCACCGUUCAGAGUGAGUUCUACUGACCUCGAACACCCAGGAUCCGGUCUCAGGUCUGUACUCCAGGAAGCGAGCUCCCUGUUUGCGCGAUGCUUUCUCCAGCCGGCCCUCGUAGUUCAUCUCGGUGAGACGCUCGGGGCUCCGGAUCUGAGUGCAGGCCGUCUUGUCGUUUGGCCAAACGCCGUCCAGAGUCACCUCGGCUCGCCUGCGACCACACGGAGUGGAAACAAGGAACCGGAUCAGGACAGGAAGCGAAUAGACGGCGUUACAUCUGUAGACAAAACCACCGUCCCUCACCUGUUUAGCCCCUCCCCCUCCAGAGGCUUGUUGUUGUCAUCCGGGUACACGAUGACCUCUUUGCAUCUGAAGUGCACGAUCUCGUCGAGGUUCAGCGCCGUCACGUUCACCUCGCCGGGGAAGAAGAUGGAGCCGUAGCCUGUGAGGGCCAGUCGGAGCCGAGCGGUGAGACACUCGCGCUUUAACCUCUCACACGUUGAGAAGAUUUCAUUAAACUUCGAUGUUGUGAGCGGACGUUACCUUUCCUGCCGACGUCACUCGGGCUUCAUCACUGACGCCACGUGGCUCUGCUGCUGGGCCUCCUCUUCUUCAUCGUACCGGCCUACUGACCGUCCAGAAAAUACCGUAAAUGCACGAGAUAGGCCAUGAUCUCCUGGCAGGAGUUCCAGGCCUCCAUGCUGUGGAGAGUGGCCCUGCUGGUCGGUGGAGGCUUCGCACUUGCUGAGGGCACAAAGGCUGAGGCCAUCCACGUCAACCCGCUGUACGUCCUGAUCCCCACCACCCUCUGCACAUCCUUCUCCUUCCUGCUGCCCGUGUCCAACCCGCCCAAUGCUGUCGUGUUCGCCUACGGACACAUCAGCAUCGUGGACAUGGUGAAGGCGGGGCUUGGCGUCAACGUGAUCGGCGUCCUCCUUUAGCUCCUAGUUUUGGUUUUGCGGCACAUUUCCCGUCUGGUUCAGUCUCCAACGAGCUCUGACGAAGCCACUUUGCAUCCUCUACUCAAACCAGACCUGAGGGUGAAUAUUAGACUGAAAUUCAUCAGAUGUUACCGUGGAGCCCACACUGUCACUACCUCAAGAAAUAUAAUCAGAUUUUUGGGAAAACCAACAAGGUAUUUUAAGGAGAAGCAGACAGAACGGUCCAGUGUGUGUUUGAAGGAUGUCAAACUG